GCUGUGUAGCGCCGCGCACGCGUCUCGAUGUAAAAAAGGCGGGAAAGUGAUAGUGUUGAAAAUGGCGACGCUUAUAUUAUCUGUGGUCUGCGUUUUGUUUAUUAGAGGUUGUUCUGCUUGUUUUAAUUACGACGACAAUAAAUCCAUGUCCAUUGCUACUGGGAACACUUAUUACCAAGAGUGUAUAUGUAACGAAACCGGAUAUGGCAUACAAAAUCUAGAAUGGCGAGACAAAGACGAUAACGUUAUAUCUGCAGGACCAGGUACAGAUUCAAACAUUUACCUAGAGUACCAGGGUGAUAGAGUCAAUCUACACAUCGAAAACAUCAGCAAGACGAUGUCGGGAACCUACAAAUGCAUCACUAAGUUUGAAGGACAGCAGUACGCUCAAAAUUUCGAUAUAGAAGCAUAUGAGCCCUUGAUUUUUCAUAAUGCUCUUAAAACCCAAUAUCUGCUAGAAGGAAGUGACUCAAGAAUCGAUUGUAUAGCUCGAGGUGACAGCGAACCAAUAAUAAACUGGGAAAAAGGAGUAGACAAGCCAAUCGAAAUAAAAUCUGGCGAAAAAUACCAACUUACGCCACAAGGUCUUAUCGUCAAAAACGUAACAGUCAAAGAUGGUGGAACUUAUAAAUGUGCAGCUUCAGUGAUACAGACUGGUGAACAAGCAGAUCGAUUUAUCAACGUGCAGGUUUUGACUGUACCUGUUAUAAAAAACAUUAAUGCGAUGCCCGAGGCUACUGUUGGUGAAGGAGAAUCAUUAACACUUGAAUGCAUAGUAGAACCUAUGCCGGAACCCGAAUAUAUAUGGAGAAAGAUUGAGAAUAACAACGAGAAUUCAAGUCAAACCUUGAAUGAAACAACAAAUAUUAUAGUUUUUAAUAAUGUAUCAAUAAAUGACAGUGGAAUAUAUGAAUGUAUUGUACAGAAUAAAGCAGGAAAUGCGACACGGAAAAUAGAAGUGACCGUAUUACAAAUGCCAAAAAUCAUCGAUUUUAAGAAUAGAACAGAGGUUGAGGGAACAAAUAUUACUAUAAUUUGUAAUGCUACUGGUUAUCCUGAACCUAACAUUACCAUAUCGGCUAUAAAACGAGAUGAUUAUGAAGACGGAGAAUACGUUGUUAUAAUACCACCAGACUGGCAGGUUGAGCAUACGUACCAAGGAUCUAUAGUAUGCGAGGCUACAAAUGAAAUGGGUUCCGAUGUAAAAGAAAUGUAUUUAGAAGUGUUACACAAGCCAUAUUUCAACAAACUGGUCAAAUUUGAAUGGGGGUGGACGGGCAAGACUGUAAAUUUAAGUUGUGCACAUAAAAGUAAUCCACCUGCUGAGAUCGUAUGGAGAUAUCACGGUAACGAUAUACGAACAGAGGAGCAAGUAGAAAUAAAUAAGAAUUUGCUUGAAAUGUUAUCGAGUGCGAAAGAUCAUUACUUGCCUAUAAUUAUUGAUAAAAAUUUCUCCUAUGGUAUAUACGAAUGCGAAGCUAAAAAUGAGAUUGGCGCUGUAACAAAAACUGUUACAUUGAAACAAGGAUUUGUACCACCAGAAAUUACAAACGCAAGCAUUAUUGAUUUAACAGCAACAUCAGUGCUAUUCUCCAUAGAGGAACCUAAAGGACUGACAGGUCCAGAUAUAGUUGGAUUCACGGCUGAGUACGAUAAAGCAGAAAACUAUAACAUCACGAACAUCCAUAAUAACAGAACAUGGGGCCUAGAAAGACCUUUCAAAUUGGAGAAAUUAAAGCCUAAUACAAAAUACCAAAUUAAGUUUGCCGCUCAAAAUGCUGUUGGGACUGGUCCGUGGGGUGAAACAUUGGAGUUUAUUACUCUUAAGAAAUCCGCGCCAGAACCUCCAGUUUGGGAUUUGGAUUUCGUGGAGACAUCUUCGGCCUGUGAUCAGGUGAUCAAAUGGAAAAUACCAGAAGACAAUGGCGAGCCAAUCGACAUGUACACCUUACGAUAUUGCACGGUACACAAUAUAACGUAUGAGAGGAUAUGCGUAGAAGAAAACGUUGAGAAAACCACUCAUUUGGAACUCCGUGACUUGGAAUGCAACACCACAUAUUCAGUAGAGCUGGUGGCACAUAACGCCAUUGGAAAUUCAACUGUUGCCAGUAUCUCAUUUGUUACUCCUGUCAACACUACAGAAGAAUCGGAAAGUAUUCUCCCUGCCGGGGUCAUAAUAGGUAUUGCUGUGGUAGUGGUAAUUCUGUGUAUAGUGUUACUGGAUCUCAUACUAUACUUUUGGAAGAAACAAGGCAUCUUAGCCACCUGUUGCUGUAAAAAUAACAAGAAGACAAAAAACACUACCUUGAAUUCACGUGACAAGAAAGGGCUUUUGAGAGACAAUUGUGAAUCGACAGAUGACAGCCUAAAGAGGCCCAACAAAGGGCACAAAGAAUAUGAAUACAACAAAACUACGGGCAUUAUUACUGGGAAACAUUCGGCCGUUUAGAAAAUGUCAUGUUCUGUAUGACAAAUUACACACACAAUUAUGUUGGGUAUCUGAUGUUGUGUUGGAUGUUGGACUGUAUGUAAAUGGUGUCAUAGUAUGUUAUUUAUACCGUGUGUUAGAAAGUAAUAAUUCGAAUGCAGUGAUUUGAAACAUAUUGGUGAAGUUAAAAAUCGAAAAUGGAGUUGUUUUUAUCAAUAAUUUAGAUUAGUCACGUUAAUCUAAUAUAGAAAUAUAAGCAAACUUUGAUAUCAUACGUUUUUCGAUUUCGUAUUAACAUAAAUAAAUAUUUACCCACUACAAGUACCCAUGUAAAGAUUUAUCUGUUUUUAAGACACUAAUUUAUUGAAUGCAAAUUAGAAAUUAAAUUAAUCAGUUUAGGUAUAACAAUUUUUCAUCCAUAGAUAUAACCAAUUUUAAAACAUUUUCGUUAUUCUUGAUCCAUAGAUAUAACCAAUAUUAAAAAUAUUUUCGUUCUUGAUACCUCCAUUCUGCAUCACUCUGUAGUUUAAUAAAAUAAUGCAAGGCUCUAAAUGAAAUCGCCCUAAAACAAUGCCAGUAUUAACCCAUUUGUCUUUUGCAAGAUAAAAUAGACUUUGUGUACACGUACCGAUGCAAAAGUUCAAAGCGAGAAUAAUUCUGCUUAACAUAUAACGCUAUCUUGAUAAAAAAAACGACAUAUUCCAAAA